UCACAAUUCCCACCAAUAAAAGAGAACGGAAGUAUUUAGAUCGACCAUGAGUGCCAACGAUCAAAUCCAAUCAAAAACCCAAAUGAUCAAAAGUACCAAGCAUCAAUCAUGCCAACCUAGUAUCAAAGUAAGCACGUCUGAUAACGAGAGAGAGCGCGGGGAGAGACGACGUUGCUUCGCUCCUUUGAGUUCUAGUGCAACGAGGGGAGGAUCCUCCUCCCUUCGUCACAGGACCGACGCGUCGAGGGCCUUUUACCCGCCUUCUUCUCUCUCUUUCUCUCUCAAUCUGACUAUUCUUUCCAAAUAUCUCUCCACAUUGUGACCACCUCCCCUCCCCUUCUCUUUCUUUCUGUCCCCGCUUCCCUAUCCACCUCCCACCUCACCUAUUUUCUUCAUCCCGCGUUCUUUUUCUCUUGAUACUCUUUCUCGUCUCGGGUUCUUCUUUUCUUUUCCUCAUAGUUUCUCUUUCCCUCUCUUUCUCUGGGCGCCCCCCAUUCCUUCCGAACAUGAAGAGGAAGAGGCUCGACGAGUUGCAGCAAUUCCCAUUACCCAAGAAUUGCCGCCAAAGGAGAAGCGGAGGAACGAAGCCUCGAACCGAGUUUGUUGAUUCUGCGUGGUCUUCCUCUGGUUCUUCACUGGAAACCUUAAUUUGCAAGGAUGAUAUGACCACAAAAACUGCUAGCCUGUGUCAGGAAAUAUGUCAUCCUGCAGUAGAAGAUAAGAAGCAAAUGAAGAGAUUUGAUCCAGUUCACAGUAUUUUAGAGGAUGGUGCAGAGAUAGUUCCAUUUGCAAAUUUGUCAAGCAAUUGUCUCCCUGAAGUAGAAUCAGUUUCUCAAAAGAAAUUGUUCAGUAAUACCAAUAAUCGAUCUUCUGGAGAACUGACAGUUCUCAUAUGCAGAUCAAAAGAACAAGACAGUGAUGGGAAAUUUGAUGCUGAUUUCUCAUCAAAAGUAUUUGAUGGUACUCCAGAUAGAGUGAAGCAAGAAAUUGACGGCAGUGAAGGUGUCCAGGCUUUGUGUGGAAAUAUAUCCGCUGAUUCAUUCUUAGAUUGGGCUAAAACAACUGAUAUGCUGAGAACCCCACUCCAACUUCAUGAAUCACCUGCCGUAGCUUCAGGUAGUGCAUCUUGUUCGAGCAGAAGUGAGGAAGAUUGUGAUAAAAGAGGAAGGGGCAAAAGGAAGCGAAAGCCAAAGCUUCAUUUUGAUGAGACCACAUUCUCAGCAAAGUCUGUAAAGAAAUUGCGUAGAUUGAGGAUAAUGCGAUACCUUGGGCUUGUUGCUCCACCUGGCUCUCCAUUUUCUGCAGAUGCUCAUGUAAAGACAGAUUGCAGAUCACGCAGAGUUUUGAAAGCUUAACCACUCUCUCUGUCCAUCUCUCGCUAAUGUUGUUUCAUCUCUUUUAUCUCUCUUUCUUUGGGUUGGGGUGGGGUUCUGUAGCUGAAGAUUGCAAGUCGGGCCAUCCUAUUUGUGUAAAGGAAUGGGUUUUUAAUAUUAAAUGAUCUUAUUCAAGUA